AUGCCGCAUAUCCUGCCAGAAUUUAGCGAGGAGAUGACCUCGAACGCCACACCAUCACUUCCACGAAUCACGACAACUGCGAAUACUCAGUGUCCUCAAACUAAGUGCGACCCUACAUCAAUGCUUGUGCCACCAAAAUCUUCUCGAGACUUCACAUCAUUCUGCCUCCUACCUCCCGAAUUAAGACUCAAAAUCUGGGAUCUCAUCAUCGCUCAACCACGAAUCAUAGAAAUAUUCUGGGAGUACCUCGGAUGGUCCAUAAUCUGCAACCUGCCGAUAGCCACAGCCAUCUGCUCGGAGUCUCGAGGGCGUGCUCUGGAGAAAUAUGAUAUCAUCAGAUGCGACGCCUACGGUCCUGACAACGGUGUCACUCGCGCUUACAUCAACUACGAUGUUGACGUCGUUUACUUCAACCCGAAUGAGCAUAUUUCGCAGAGUCAUGGGAAUGCCUUGAUUGAAAAAAAUUUAUGCUUUCGCCCGGAAAUCCUGGCGAGGAGGUUAGGGCGUAUGCCAAGUCUGAAGAGCGUCAAUUUGGUUGUUGAGGAUAUCUGUGUUCAUGAGGAUUUCCCAAUGAACGUUAAAACGGUUCCCCAUAGCUUGGCAAUGGGAUUUGUGAAAAGAGAUACGAGGUUCUUCUCCUACAAGAGGUGGGGGCGCAAGUGGAACUUCAAGGUUGAGGUUAUGGACUUUUGUUGGCCAGAUAGAUUCCAGAGAAGGAUGGAGAAGCUGAAAAUGCAGCUUGAGACAGAAGGCAUGAAGAAAAAGGACGUGAAGAAGUUGAUUGUUCGUCCCAUCGAUAUUGUCAGAGCAGGAGAGGAUAAGGAUGCGCCUUGUGGUCGCAUUAUUUCGUACAAGCCCUGA